AUGGCUCCUUCUAUCUUAGUCGUUGGCGCAACUGGCAACACGGGCCGAGGUGUUAUGGAAACACUGCCCAAGCUGCUCGCUGCUGGCUCUCCCUUAUCCGGUCACCGAAUCAUUGCCCUCACCCGGUCCUUGAACAACCCGACCGCGCAAGGUUUCGCAAAACUACCAGGCGUGGAUGUACUAGAGAAGAACUGGGUUCAAAUCACCGCCGACUGGCUUCGUGAGCACGAAGUUGUCAGGGUGUUUAUCGCAUCCCACAACGAGCCAACCCAAUUUUCAGAGGAGUCCGCGUUCCACCUUGCUGCCCUCAGAGCAGGCGUCCAAUACGUCGUCCGGAUCUCAACAACUGCGGCCAAUGUCAGGCCGGACUGCGAUGUCUACUAUCCACGCUCGCACUGGGCUAUCGAAAUGCUGCUCAGCUCGCCUGAGUUUCGGCCCUUGCAUUGGACUUCACUCCAAGCAAAUAUAUUCCAGUCCUUUUACCUAGCUCCUGCGGCGGCCCUGAUCAAGAAGUACCGCGAGACUGGACAGCAGGACACGCUCAGGCUGAUGGCGUCUAAAGAUGCACCUGUUGGCAUAAUCGAGGCCCUGGAUGUCGGAGUUUUCGCGGCCCAUCUUUUGUCCCAGAAGGACACCUCGGUGCAUAACAAGGCCAAAUAUGUACUAAACGGUCCCGAGGAUAUCACAGGAGAGCAAAUUGUGAAGAUGGUUGAAAAGCAUAUUGGCACCAAGGUGCAGAGUGUCAGCUACAAGGACAUGGCGUUGGUUGAGGCGAUGGUCAACUCCGCGCCGGAAGCCGUUAGGCACCUCAUAAUGACCAUUAAAGGUGCUGCUGCGACCGCGUGGGAGGGUAAAUGUACUGCUUCAACGACCAGCAAGGAGGUUCUUGAGAUUGCCGCGCCUAGUACGACACCUGCUGAGGGAUUGAAAACACUCCUGGCAGAAUAA